AUGGGCUGUGCGCCGUCGCGGGACGCUGCGGGUCCUCCGCUAGCGCGCCCCGUGAGGGUGGCGCCCAGCGACGAGCCCCUGAAGGUGAAGGCCAACGUCCAGGGCGUGCGGACGGUCGAGAACGACUCGCCGAGCUCCGCGAAGAAGCUCAGCCUGUCCAGCAAGGCGCAUAGUGGCGACGUGCCGUGCGCGGUGCUCAGCCACGAGGACGACAGGCAAUGCUACGGCGGUGCACCUCGCCCGGCGAACGAGGCUGCCCGCGUGCAGCGCCUGCGCCAGCUCGGCAUCCUGGACACCCCGCGCGACGACCCGGUCUUCUGCGGCAUCGUUCGGACCGUCCAGGAGAUCUGCCAGGUCAAAAUCGCACUCGUAUCGCUCGUCGACUUAGAUCGACAGUGGCAUAAGGCCUCUGUCGGUUUCGAGGAGGUGGCGGAGGUGGACCGCAGCCUCUCGAUAUGUGCGUGGACGCUGCUCGGGGAGGACAGGCAGCCCGAGGUGCUGGUCGUGCCGGACGCCUGCAAGGACGACCGCCUGCGCGACCACCCCUUCGUCCGAGGACCCCUGCACCUGCGCUUCUACGCCGGCGCGCCGCUCAUCACCUCGGACCACGUCCGGCUCGGCACCCUGUGCAUCAUGGACACCGUCCCGCGCCCGGACUUCAACAAAAGCCACAUCAUGCUCCUCAAGAACUUCGCGGAGAUCGCCGUGCGCGACAUCGAGCGCCGCGAGCUCGAGGCCCGCGCGCUCCGCGCCCACCGGCCCUCGCGCGACGACGCCAUGAGCGUCGGGGAGGCCGCGUCCGUCACGAGCAACCCCCUGCGGUCCGCUCUGCGCGCCGCGGUGCAGGCCCGCCACCGCCGCGCGUCCUCGGGGUCGCUGCACUCCAAUCGGGAGCUCGCCGGCUCCAGCCACAGCGCCAAGCGCACCGUCACCUUUGGACGGUCGCCCGCGGCGUCCUCGCACGGCACCGCGCGGCCGCCGGAGCUCGCGCGGCAGAAGCGCGCGAUCGACGCGCUCCGCGAGGCCGUCGUCAUGGUCGACGCCAGCCGCGCGGGGGAGGAGUGGCCCGUCUUGUUUGGCAACCGCGAGUGGAUCGCCCUCGCCGGGGAGGGCGCCGGGGCGGAGUCGGACCUGUGGGACGCGCUCAAGCUAGCCCCGGCCGUCGCGCCGAGCGACGCCGGGAAGCCGCCCGCCGAGCGCUUCUCCGCCGCGGUGGCGAGCGGCACGACGUUCCACGCGCUGGGCGCCGUGCACGGCACGGUCGUGCAGUGCCGGUUCAAGCCCGCGCAGGAGUUCAUGGACCUGAACGCGCUGCUCUCCGCGGAGCCGCGCGGCGUGCCGGACGCGGCGCCCGCGGCCAGCGAACCGAGGGCCAGGGCGAAGAAAUCGUCGAGUUUUGGCAGAGCGAAGAAGCAGUCUAGCUUCGGCCGGUCGAAUCAGGUGGUGGCGGCGCGGCGUGCGGACCUGGUGGGGCUGUACAUGGUGACGAUCGUGCGGGAGGCGCAGGAGGACGUGCUGGGGACGGCGUUCAGCGAGAUGGGGGCGGCGGCGGGCGGCGGCGGGCACGACGCGCAGAGCAGCGACUGGGCGCUGACGGGCGGCGGGCGCACGAGCGGCGCGGGCGGCAUGGGCAACCGCAGCAUGGCGAUGAGCGUGCCGUUCACCGUCUCGGACACCACGGCGGGAGGCCUCGGCGAGCGCAUCGGGAGCCUGGGCCUGGGGCUGACGGACAUGCCGGGGCCGAGCGGCGCGGAGCGCGACACUCUGCCGCUGCCGCCGUUCCUGGACGUGCAGAUCCAAGCUGCGGAGGACGGGGCGCCCUGGGCGAGCUACUAUGCGGGCCUGUGGGCCGGUGCCCCGGUGGCCGUGGUGUGCUACACGUGCGGUGCGGGGGCGAGCAACGGCGAGUACGACCGGCGGAUGGAGGUGGCGCUGAGCUCGCGCAUCGCGCACCCGAACGUCGUGCACACGUUCAAGGUCAAGAAGCGCAGGCCGCAGGUCGGGUUCAGCAACCGGCUGGUGGCGGGCGCCCUGGAGAGCUCGGUGGGGCUCGGGCUCUCGCCGCGCGUGGUGUCGUCGAUGAACGCGGACACCGAGCCGUCCAUGGAGCAGCGCAUCAACGAGAGCCUGCGCGACCCCGAGGCCGCGCGCCGCUCGCUCCCCAACGCGACGUACAUACCGCAGAAGGCGGCCUCGCUACGGGAGAGCCCCCUCGGACCGCGGGGCCGCAACAGCGUAGUUGCGACGACCCUGACGACGGACGACGAGAACCUGCCGCCGCGCGAGGGCGUCGAGAUCUGGGCGCUGCAGGAGCGGUGCCAGGGGGGCGCCCUCUGGGACUCGCUCCAGUCGCUGCCGUCGGCGGCGCACGCAGCAGCGGUCCUGCGCGGCAUCGCGCGCGGCGCGUCGUACCUGCACGCGCGCGGCCUCGCUCACGGCCGCCUCACGCCGGGCGCCAUCCGCAUGUCGUUGUCGCCCACGGGCGACGAGCUCGUGCCCAAAAUCGGCGACCUUCCGGCCGCCAACUCUCCGCCCAGCAACGUGCACGAAGACGAGAUGCCGUAUCUGGCGCCGGAAGUGAUCGCCGGGGAGCUGCCGACGCCCGCGUCCGACGCGUACUCGCUGGGCGCGAUCGGGCGGCUGCUGCUGGCGGGCCGCCUGGACGACGUCCGGGGAGCGCCGCCGCUGCGCCGCGCGGCGUCGCGCAUCCCCAGGACGCUUUGGGAGAUCCUCGACCAGUGCUUGGAGCCGCACCCCGCGAUGCGGCCCGUCGUCGAGCAACUGGCGUCCGCCAUCGACGAGGCGGACCUGUCGCUCUGA